CUUGAUUCUUUCUGGCCAGGAGGCCCCUGCCCUCCAGGAUUGUGGGUACUGUCCUUUCAAAUCCCCAGUGGUAUCUCUUGCGGGACCUUUGCUGGAUCCUACGUGUUGCCUUUCUUGGUGGCCCAGGUGUGAGAACUGAACGACAGCAUUCGCUGGUGCCCCCAGCUCUGCGAUGGGGGACUCAAGACCUGGCUGCGAAGGAUGCACGCAGACAGGAACAAGGCGACGGACGGCCCCGAGUUGCAACAGGUCCAUAAAGUCAGCCCGCAUCCUCCUCCACGGAGUCAGAGGGAAUAUCAGUGAGCGUCGCCUGGACCCAGAUGUCCACCUUUUAGAUCUGUACCACACCAACCCCCAUGGCGAGUGGGGGUCAUCAUACAGAACCCCACCUAAGCCCCUGGGCUCUAAGAAGCAGCCUGGAUGCCGCAUCCCUGCCCCUGUGGGCUGGGCGUACUCGGCGUGGGAGCACAGAAGCAGACCCUGAAAUCAUGAUUCAAGGGCAAAGAGUGAUCCCAGGAAACACAAGGGAGUGGGAAGUUAAGAAGGGGCGGCAGCCCAUAAAAGGAUGCAUCAUCAAGCAAGUUACCACUGUGGGCACCAGAGCUUAAUUCUCCUGGAGAACACUGAGAAACAAUGGAGAAGAUACUCAUCAGUUAUCCACACCCAGAGGGCAAGGGA